AUGGCCUCCCCCAACCAGAUCCACCCCCGCCGUCGGCCUCAAAACUCCGCCAUGGCCCCUCCCUCUCUCACCACCUCCAACCUGCGCAAGUCCGGUACCUUCCACUCGCCCACGCACGUCUCCAGUGACCUGGUCGACCCGCUUGCGCACUGCUUCUCCAUGCCCAAGCGUUCCGAGACCAAUCCGCAGGCCCUCGAGCAAAUCCUCCUCGACGCCGGCGAGAAGAGGAUCUCCGACCUGCUGACCUCCUUCGACAACGUCCUUGCUGGCAAGACGUCGUCGGAUGCCAGCAUCUUGACCGACAGCAGGGUCCUUCCUGUCCCCAGCUUCAUGCUGGACAACCACGCUCCCGUCGCCGACCCGGAUAUGAUGGAGCUGGACGUCAAGCCCAAGGUCGAAGUGGUCGACCACCACCACGCAUCCGACAGCGGCCUGGGUUCCUCAGUCAGCGGCUCCGUCUACGACGCCCACUCUGCCCGCCGCUCAGUACGCUCCUCGGCCACCACCACCCGCUCGGCCGUGACCAAGUCCUACUCUGGCCUUUCCGUCAGUGAGGACAAGAUCCGUGGCCUGAGCGAGUCGGCCUUCAAGCACAUCCAGAGGCGCAUUGUGCGCCCCAUCCUCCAGGAGGCCGCCCUGAAGGAUUUCCACCCACUCAUCAAGGACGUUCCUCGUCGCAUCGGCGCAAAGGAAAUCACCAACCUGCGCGACCUUGAAAAGACCCUCAUCUUCCUCGCUCCCGAAUACGCCGCCUCGCCAGCCUACUAUCAACGAUUCUGCGAAACGAGCGUCACCUUUAUCGCCAACACCGUCGGCUACCUCUGCGAAGCCGACCAGCGCCUGCCGACUGACCGCCCUUACACUAACAACUACUUCCUCGAUCUUGUUGAGCAGAUUCGCCGCUACGCCGCCAUCAUGGCUGCCACCAGGGAGAGGGAGGCCGCCGGAGAGGCCCGGGAUGAGAUGGACUACCACCCAGACGAGAAGAUCACCCUCCGCGGUGGUCUGAGCCACAACGGCAAGCCCGCCGAGCUUGUUCGUGAGAGGAACGGCAAGAUGAUCCCUAUUGCCACAGAGGCGGAGCGAUCGGAACUCAACGCAACGUUCAAGCGCCCGCUGGAGGAGGACGACGAUGAUGAGGACAGUGUUCACCGUUCGAUGGCCCGCAGGCGCAAGUCUGACCGCCCUGGCGACGUCAUGCACAUCUGCGCCGACUGCAAGAAGGAGUUCAAGCGUCCGUGCGACUUGACCAAGCACGAGAAGACGCACUCGCGGCCGUGGAAGUGCCCUGAGGCGAAGUGCAAGUACCACGACCUGGGCUGGCCGACCGAGAAGGAGCGCGACCGUCACGUGAACGACAAGCACACUGCGGCUCCACCCCAGUACAAGUGCUUGUUUGCUCCGUGCGCGUACGCCUCCAAGCGCGAGUCCAACUGCAAACAACACAUGGAGAAAGCUCACGGCUGGACGUACGUCAGGUCCAAGGCGAACGGCAAGGGGGUGAAGAAGCCCUCGGGCACCUCCACUUCUCUUACUCCUACUACUCCUCUCACUCCAUUCAUCAACACUCCCGCUUCUGCUCCAAUUCACCAAGUGAACACGCCCGUGACUCCAUUCGAUAACUCGCCCGCAAUGCCGCCGUCGUCGUACGGUGGGGACUUUGAGUUUGACAACAACUUUGGGUACAGCAACAACAACCUUCCGCUGCUGAACACCGACUUCCAGCCGGACUGGCGCCGUGAGUCCGUGACCACCGCCGGCACUUCAAUCACCGGCUCCUCUACGCAUUCUCCUGCGCAACCCACGUCCUUUGAGGAGGCCAUCACGACUCCUGACACCGACUUCAACCACUCUGCGGACAAUCUGCUGUUCGAUCAGACCUUCAACUUCAACUCCAACCUCCAGCAGCCAACGCCUGCCCUCAGCAACGAUGACAACAUCUUUGCUGACCACUUCCCUCCGCUGCUGAACAGCCAGAACCUCAACCUUGCAGGCUUUGGUUCGGGCAACAGUACGCACCUGUCUCCGGGUGGGCAGCCCGACUUGACGCUGUUCAGCCCGGGGACGAACUCCAACAGCUCCAACAGCAACCACAUGCACAUUGACGAGGGCUUUGGUGAUGACUUCCUUCCUUCCGGAGACUUCACGCUCUUUGACUCGAUGGGCAAUGCCUCGGCCAGCAAUGGCGAGGGAAGCAGCAAGUGGUUCCAGGACCUGUCGAACUUCGGUGGCCAGUUCGACAAUGUCUUCUGCCAGCCCGACGUUCUCAAUGAUAUGGCGGCAUACGACUUCGGUCAGUAA